AUGGUCAUAAUUUGGAUCUUGUUCCUGAGCCUGUUGCAGGAACCGUGGUCCCCAGGGCGGGCCGCGGGGCUGCCCGAGGCCGCCGGAGCCUCCCCGAGAGACCCCCGGCCGCGCCGGGAUGCGGGGGGGCGCGGCGGCGUCUACGAGCACCUCGGAGGAGCGCCCAGGCGCAGGAAACUCUACUGUGCUACCAAGUACCACCUCCAAAUCCACCCCAACGGCAAGAUCAACGGCACCCUGGAGAAAAACAGCGUCUUCAGUAUUCUUGAAAUCACUGCUGUUGACGUUGGAAUCGUUGCCAUCAAGGGCUUGUUCUCAGGCAGAUAUCUGGCCAUGAACAAAAGAGGCAGACUUUAUGCAUCAGAAAACUAUAAUGCAGAGUGUGAGUUUGUGGAGAGGAUCCAUGAACUGGGUUAUAACACCUACGCAUCCCAUCUCUACCGGACUGUCCCCAACCGAGGAGCCACCAAGCGCAAAGCCAGCGCAGAGAGACUCUGGUAUGUCUCAAUCAAUGGGAAAGGACGACCCAGAAGGGGCUUUAAAACUCGUAGGACACAGAAAUCAUCUCUGUUUCUGCCCAGAGUAUUAGAUAACAAAGACCAUGAAAUGGUCCGACUGUUCCACACAAACUUGAAAUACCGAGAGAGCCUCCUGAAGCCUCCGAGCAAGAACCAGCGACGAAGGAGAGGACGCUGA